CCCAGCUCAGGAUGGGACGUCACUUGCUCUUGGAGACGCCGUGAAUUGUGGGUACAUUUCAAGGAGCCAAUCAGGAGACGCCUGGCCCCGGAAGCGGGGAAUUUGAACCGGGGUUGCUGAAGGAGUUGAUUUCAGGUUUCUUUUUCUUUGCCAAGAAAUUAUAAAGGAAAAUACCUCCAUGUAAUCAUGUCUGCAUCGUUAUAUCGGACUCCGAUGAAAAGGCAUCUAACUGCCAAUGAUCAACUCUAUACCCCAACGGCUAGAGAGAUUCAACUGAAGUACUCAGCAGGAGACGCCACCAUAGAGGAGCAGAGAGCACGUUGGGAAAGAAAGAGAACUCGAACAGCAAAAGAGUUAGUUGAGACUGAGCAGAGGUACCUCGAACAGCUGGAGCUGGUUGUCGUGUAUUUUGUAGAGAUUUUAAAAGCAAAGGGGACUGUACAACCAGAUGUAAGAGAUGCCAUAUUUUGCACUUUGAAAGCCAUCCAUUCAAUAAAUAGGAUAUUGCUGAGUAAUCUUGAAGAUGGAAAGUUUGGUUUGGGCUUUGACAUCUUCUGCCCUCAACUCCAGCUUUAUAUCACUUAUACAGACAACAUGGAGCAUGCUGUCAAAGUCCUACAGGAACAAAUUAGGAAAAAUAAACGAUUUGCACGAUUUAAGAAACUCCAAGAAUCUAGACCAGAAUUCCAAGGGUUGAAACUGGAGGAUUUGCUCCCUCUGCCUCGUAAGCGUGUUUAUCAAUACAAACAUUUGUUACUAGAUUUAGCUGAAAACACCAGCCCCGACAGCCCUGAAUUUCAGCAGCUGACAAACGCAGUAAAAGCAGUUUCCGAAGUUUCUCAGCACAUUCAAGACCAGACUCGGAGGCAUGAAAAUUACCUGCAGAUGCUGAGAGUACAGAAAUUGCUGAAAGGACGAAGGAGCAAGGUGUUAGCUCCAGGAAGGAAAUACAUUCGUGAGGGCUGGCUGGCGAUUGUGCCAUCUAAGGGCGAGGAAUUGAAGCACAAAAUGUUCUUUUUGUUUUCUGAUAUCCUCCUGAUGACCAAACCUUGCCACCCGCUCCACCCCGUGCAUUCUGACAAGUUUGCCUGGCAGAAGGCCUACCCUUUGAUCGAGGGCACUAUAGAGAAAGUCUUUGGACACACCAAGAGUCAGGGAGGGCUUAUUAGUUUAACCUUUCCUGAGGAGAAGCUCCUCAUGAUGUCGAAUGACCAGGAGGACAUCAACGACUGGUACCGAUGCCUGUCUGUUGCCAUUGGACAGCUGAGAUCCCGAUCUAUCAUCAUACAGAGGAAGGAUAACCUAGCAAGAAGGCCCAUACGGUCAGCCAAAAACUUAACACUAUCGGAAACCACCUCGAUUACCCCUAAUAGUGGAAGCAAGAGAAGCUUGGUGAAGGACAUGAACGCAAACAGCCAACCUAUGAAUGAAGGGACAACAGCGAAACGAAUCAGACUUGAGCCAAAUGCCACUAUGAGGCAUCAGGAUGCUGAACCCAGAACAGAGCAGACGGGCACCAGUUGUAUCAUUCUCUAAAGUUACUGUUGAUCAACAAGGACUAGACACCAUUUUGUAUGUAGAGUGUUUUUUAAGUAUUGUAAUCUUACCAUGGAUUCCUCACAAUCAAGCUGACAUGUCUGGUUUGAAGUAAUAUUCUAGGAGUCGAAACUUAAACCGAUGAUUUGGAGAUAACUGAAGAGUUGGCCAGAUUGACAGAAGAUGCUCCUCUUGAAAUCUACUAUGGUUUCAUUUUGUGACUCAGUAUCUGCCUCCUGCUGCUGUUGUGUGAUGUGAAGCACCAUGAGGACUACUCAUAGGGAGGGAGUGAGGGACAACCAGGCAGCCUGUGUUAACACAGGUGCUAACUCACUAUUCCAUCGGGAUUAGCCCUGGAGUUCUGUCAGACUGGGCUUCGAGUGCCAAAUCAUUCAGACCUGUUUGAUCAUAUUUCUUAUCUUCUGUUUGUUGGUUGAAUUCCAUGGUCUUGGAGGUUGGGGAGGACUUGUUCUUAACACUGUUGCUUUAUUGGUAGUUAAGUCUGAAAUGGGAAUAAGAAUGACUGUUCAUAUCAGCAACUUGAGCAAUAUGAAAGUUAAUGGGAACUUGGAUUGCUGAGCUGCAUUCACACAUAGGCUAAAGGUUAUAUAGCACAGAAACAGGCCAUUCUGCCCAACCAACUGAUGUUUGUGCUCCACAUAAGCUUUCUCCCAUCUUUCCUCAUCUAAAUUGUAACCACCUAUUUCCUUCUCCUGCACAAUUAUAGUGUAAACCAAUUUUAAUAUAAAACAGCAAAUGGAAGUAGAGGCCCACUGAGAUGGGUUGAAUUUGAAAAUCUGAGCAGUCUGAAAAUCUGUAAAUAUUUGGCAUGAAUGGCGAUCUUUAAACCAGAUCAAAAAUAUGCUCCUUGUUGUAAGUGAUGUGCAAGAUUAUAACCAAAAGGUUGUAUGGUGUUACUUGCCAGUUUUACAUAAAUGAACCAUCAAAGAGCAACCUGCAUUUGCUCUUACCUUUGUAGACUUGGUAUUGAGCCUUAAUGAUUGUUUUGAAGGAAAUGGCCAGUGAAAUGUUGUUAAGUGUGGAAUUUUGCAGCUUGCAAUGACACCAAUUUGCCUUUAUGUAACAGAGCUAAAUGUUGGCUCCCUGCGCCCCCACCCUGGCUCCCCAUUGAGCUUCACGAAUGCCCAAAUUUCCCGACCCGGCGCGUGGAAGAUCAUACUUCUCUCACAAUUUGGAAGAGUGAAGUCAUCGACAAAUUACCUGAAUUUGCUCAUUAGCAGCGUCCAAGUGAUCGAUUAAGAACCUGAUUCAAAUCUAUCUUAAAGCAAUUUUGAUUUGUGCUGUUGAAAAUACCAAAUGUAUCUUUAUUUAACAAGCAGUCUCCAAGCGGCCAUUCCAUGAGCCAAGACAAAUAUCUCUGUCACCAAAUGGAAGCCUUAAUUAAUAGUUUAAUUGUUAUGUGCUCUUAAUUGCAGCACAUUCACCAAUUUUAUUAGUGCUAAUUGUAUAAUGAUCCUGCCUCAGUCAUUAUCAAAAUAGCUAAUAAUUUGCAUUGCAUAAUAACGACCAAUAAAUUUCCAUCAAUAUUUUA